AUGGACCUAACCAUGGCGAAACACGGUUCCCUAAGAAACAUCAUCGUCCGCGUGUUUUCCUUCGCCGUCCUCAUCUUCGCCGCACGGUUCGCCAUCAUCGUCACCGUCCGCGGCGGAUCCUGCGACUCCUCCGAUUUCUGUUUCUUCUCCGAAAAUCAGAACCUCACCGCUCCCUCUCAUCUUGCCGGAGAUCCAUUCUCCGGCAAGAAUUGGCGCCGCUCAGUCGAAUACUACGCCGCUAGCUUCCAGGAUCUGAUUGCUGAGGGUUUGCUAUCGCCGAAUUCUAAAGCUUUAUGUAUUGAUACUCCAACCGGAGAAGAUGUAUUGGCGUUGAAGGAAAUUGGCGUGGUUGAUUCCGUCGGGAUUUUCAAGAAACCGUCACCGCCGUUGAUCGUUCAUGGAGAAGGUCACCGGCAUCCUUUCCCGGAAGACUCCUUCGAUUUCGAGUUCUCCGGGAAUGGUGGUUUAGAAGAAUCUCAUAAACAGGCGGAAUUCGCCGUGGAAAUCUCCCGCACUCUCCGACCAGGCGGAUUCUUGGCUGUUCACAUGGCGGCGAGAGACGCUUAUAGCUUCAAUUCGUUUCUUGAAUUAUUCAGUUACUGUGAGUUGAUCAGAACAAGAGAGAUCAACGGUCUUGAUUCAUCCACGAUUCUCGAGAUUCUGAUGAAAAAGAAAACCCUAAUUUCACCUCCGAAUAGAAAUUCAGUGAAAACUCUAAUUUCACCUCCAAAAAGGUGUUCUAUUCCAAGAUACAAACGUGAAAUAGUGAAAACUGCAGAAGCGUUGAUAAUUGAAGAGCCAUUGAAACCAUGGAUUGCAUUGAAAAGAAACUUGAAGAACAUAAAGUACUUAACUUCAUUGGUUGAUAUAAGUUUCAAGCAAAAUUACGUGUAUGUUGAUAUCGGAGCUAGAAGCUAUGGAUCAAGCAUUGGAAGCUGGUUCAAAAAACAAUACCCGAAACAGAAUAGAACAUUCGAAGUUUAUGCGAUUGAAGCUGAUAAAACCUUUCAUGAAGAGUAUAGAGUAAGAAAAGGUGUGACUUUGCUACCAUAUGCCGCUUGGGUUAGGAAUGAGACAUUGUUCUUUGAAAUUACAAGAGACCCGAGUAAGAAAGUUACGAUGAAUGGUAGAGGGAUGGGGAGGAUUAACCCGGUUCAAACGUCUUCGAGUCAUAUGGGUGAUAAGAAUAAGAUUCAGGGGUUUGAUUUUGCGGAGUGGUUAAAGAGUGUAGUUACGAGUAAGGAUUUUGUGGUUGUGAAGAUGGAUGUUGAGGGAACUGAGUUUCAUUUGAUACCUAGGUUAAUUCAAACCGGGGCAAUUUGUUUGAUUGAUGAGCUUUUUCUUGAGUGUCAUUAUAAUAGGUGGCAGAGAUGUUGUCCUGGGCAGAGAAGUGCGAAGUUUCAGAAAACGUAUUCGGAGUGUUUGGAUUUGUUUACUUCACUCAGAAAUAUUGGAGUUCUUGUGCAUCAAUGGUGGUGA